GCCACCCUGGCUAGUGCAGUUGUCUACCUAGAAGCAUCUCUCCGGAUCAAUCCGGUACUGUACGUGUCCGGCGAGCAUUGCAUCUCAAAAGGGGCAGUCUAGCCAUUCGGACUUUUGUUGUACAAGAGUUGAGUGUGAGUGAGUCUGGAAAAUGAGUGGAUGCGACUGUGUGAGGAACGUGGUGUUGCUGCUCUCCUUGCUAGCCUCUCUGCUGCUUUCUUCGCGCGGUCUGACGUGUGUGUGCACGGACUGCCCUCUCAACAGAUGCAACGUGUCGAAUGACGGAUUCUGUUUGGUGAUCAGAACGCACGAGGGGCACAAAUUUCACUACACCACCAGAAAGUGCGUUAGCCCGAAAGAAUCGAUCUGUUUUCUUAAGCUGGAUGGAUUACCGAGCAGCACGCACUGUCCGGAGGCUCGCUGCUGCAACAACACCGACUUGUGCAACACAAACGAGACAAACCUGCACUCACUGUGCGCCUUGAAAAGCAUUAAGUCGGACCCUGCAGAGUCGGGACCACCCGCAUCUAUUGGUGAAUUUUUCACUAGACAAAGUGUUAAUAAGCCUAGUAUUGGAACAAAAACUGAUGACAGUGAUGACAAAGAGACUGAAGAGGAACAAACUCCUGAAACGAAAGGCAGCUCUGAACAUCGCAGCUGUAACUUGACUGUUGAGAAAUGUAGACAAACGUUUGCUCUCUUGAAGCCAAAAGAAUUGGUGGCAGUUGGCAAGAUAUUUCCACCACAAUUCAACUCAGGAGAAGGAAUUCCUACCAGCCAGAUGUCUGCAGAGUCUAAAACGUCUCUAACGCAUCGCAAAGUAACAAAAAAACAUUCAAGACCUCACUACCACCGCCACCAUCACCAUCACAACCCAUCAAAGCAAAAUUCAUCAAGCAGUCAUUCGAUAGGUGAGGGAAAAGAGCAAGUAUUAACAAAUAAAACAAGGAAUAAGAAGACAUUAAGAGAACACUAUCAAACAAUUAGAAACAUCGAGAUAAGAAGAGAGAAGGAACUCAUGCUUGUGCCACCUUCAACACCACAUCAAUUCCAUUCGUUUACAAUUCCUAAGAGGUCAGAAAAUCGACCAGAGACAUCAAUAUCAUCAUUACAAGAAGAGUUUCAACAGGACAGCCUCUCUUCAAAUCGGGAUGAAAAUGAAGGGCGUGUCCCUGGUGUUGUGUUUGAGUCUGUGCGACCCAUGUCACCUAAUGAAUAUGGAAUUGGUUCCAAGGGUAGUCGGGAUCCUGCUGAGGUGGGAGUGAAUAUGCUUGCGUUGCUGUGGCUUCACUUGGCGUUGGCCUUCUUGUUUUGGUGACGUUGUCCAUUCUUGUUCAAAGACAGAAUCGCAAAUCUUCUUACGAAGAGUUAAUAAGACUAGAAAAAGUAGAAAGCUUCUAAUGAAAAAUACAGUAUUGAGUAGAUCUAUCGAGUCUACAGUAUAGGUUAUAGGAUACUCGACUGAAAUAUCGACCAUAAAUAUAUCAACUA